AUUCAUAAAUAACCAGGAAAAGAUGUGAGCGAGAGUUCCCUCUCUUCCAUCACCUGGUAUGAACUUUCAAACGCUAGUAGUGCUCUGUGCCAUCAUUCCCAACCCAAAACCACAAAUGUUCGGCCGAAGCUGCUGCCGCCUUAGUGCCGAUCGAACUUCGAGAAUUGCAGGUAUCAAUAGUUGCUCAUCGUAAGCUCUGAGUUUCUUAAACAAACGCCAUUUAAGAACUGGAUUCGGCCAUAUGGAUUUAGAUUUGUUAUUGGGUUUUUGAGUUCUUCAUUUUUUCUUCUUUCUGGGUCUUUUACUGCUUUUUUUGGGUAUUUUUUUAGCCCGAAUCUGGCCUUUAAGCUAAAGAAUCCAUUCAUGGAGGACCCAAGAUUACCCGUUGUGAGAGUAGGCUCCCUAACCUCCUCCUGUCUCUCACUUUCCUCCAAUAUUAGAUGAUUUUUAUUUUUUGGGGAGCAGAAACUUCCCGAAAAGACAAAAGUGGAGAAAAUGGAAACGCAAAGUUCAAGUAGAAAGUCCCUGCGAAAACAUGCAGGGCUUCUCAAUUACGAUGAGGACUUGGCCUUUGAGUCCAUAGAAAGCCACCUCGGUGACCUCCCUAAAAGGCGUACCAAGACUUCUGAAGAUUUGCAAAAGGAGACCGAAACCGAGGCCAUGAUUGCGUUUUCAUUAGGGUUCCCUAUUGAUGCUCUCCUUGAAGAUGAGAUUGAGGCAGGGGUAGUGAGGGAAUUAGGUGGCCAAGAGCAAAAUGACUACAUAGUGUUGAGGAACCAUAUUCUUGCUAAAUGGAGGGCGAACGUUAGAUCAUGGCUCUCUAAAAGUCAGAUUAUGGAGACUGUGAGCUCGGAGUAUAGAGCCCUAAUGAGCUCUGCGUAUGAUUUCCUUCUCUCUCAUGGGUACAUCAAUUUUGGAGUCUCUUCCUCAGUCAAGGAGAAAUUAAGAGAAGAGCCCACAGAGGGGACUGUGCUGAUUGUGGGUGGUGGGUUGGCUGGCUUAGCAGCUGCUAGGCAGCUCUUGGCUUUUGGGUUCAAGGUUCUUGUUUUAGAGGGUAGAAGAAGACCAGGGGGCAGAGUAUACACCAAGAAAAUGGGGCUAAAGGGUAAUUUUGCAGCUGUGGACCUUGGUGGGAGUGUUAUAACUGGAAUUCAUGCCAACCCACUUGGCGUUUUGGCUCGACAAUUGUCUCUUCCACUUCAUAAAGUAAGGGAUAGGUGCCCAUUAUAUAAACCAGAUGGAAACCCAGUUGAUGAAAGGCUUGAUUCGAAAGUUGAGUAUAUAUUUAAUGAGUUGUUGAAUAAGGCCACUCAAUUGAGGCAAACUAUGGGGGAAUUGGCAGGUAAUAUCUCUUUGGGUUGUGCUCUAGAGACUUUCAGAGAGAUGUAUGGAGUGGCAAGGGAUAAAGAGGAGAGGCAACUUCUCGAUUGGCAUCUUGCUAACUUGGAAUAUGCUAACGCUGGGCUAUUAUCCAAGCUUUCAGUGCUAUUUUGGGACCAGGAUGAUCCGUAUGAGAUGGGGGGUGAUCAUUGUUUGCUUGCCGGUGGGAAUUGCAGGUUGAUAGAUGCACUGUGUGAAGAUAUUCCCAUUCUUUAUGAGAAGAUCGUUCAAACUAUCAAAUAUGGAAGUGAAGGGGUGGAGGUCAAAACUAGUGAUCUUCAAGUGUAUCAAGCUGAUAUGGUCUUGUGCACUGUACCUCUAGGGGUAUUGAAGAAUAAGUCUAUUACGUUUGUUCCUGAGCUUCCAAAGAGGAAACUCAAAGCCAUUGAGAGAUUGGGUUUUGGGUUGUUGAAUAAGGUUGCAAUGGUUUUUCCCUAUGUCUUCUGGGGGGAGGAUCUCGAUACAUUUGGUUGUCUAAAUGAGGAUAGCCAUAGAAGGGGGGAAUUCUUCUUGUUCUAUAGUUACCAUAUGGUUUCAGGGGGUCCUCUCCUUAUUGCACUAGUUGCAGGAGAAGCUGCAAUUAGAUUUGAAACCACAGACCCUGUGGAGUCCCUUCAUCAAGUUUUAAAAAUCCUUAGAGCAAUUUGUACAGGUAUUUACGGCCCCAAAGGUGUUCUUGUGCCUGAUCCUAUUCAAUCGAUAUGUACGAGAUGGGGAAGUGAUCCGUUAUGCCAGGGUUCAUACUCUCAUGUUGGGGUCGGGGCUUCAGGUAGUGAUUAUGAUAUUCUUGCUGAAAGUGCGGGGAAUGGUCGAUUGUUCUUUGCCGGUGAGGCCACCAUUAGGCGAUAUCCAGCUACAAUGCAUGGUGCUUUCUUAAGUGGAUUGAGAGAGGCUUCAUGCAUCCUCGCUGCUUCAAGAAAUAGGCAUGGAGAUCCUGUGAAGGGCUUGCCGAAGAGGUUGGAGCAAUAAACUCAUACCCAUGGCCCAUAUCAGGAAGCUAAAUGGAAUGCUAGGUGGAGAAAAUUUAUAACAAGCGAAUCCGAUUCCUUUGAACAUGAUGGCACUUGGAAACAUGCCAAUGCUCAUGUAAGCAAAAUAGUGUGCGGUCAUUGUACUAAUGGCUCAGUUGGCCAUGCAAUCAACGCUUGACUACAAUACACUGUGGCUAGAUUUGAAGAAAUUCAGAUGAUCAAAAGUCGAGGAUAGCUAAAGCCACUCUAUCUCCUGCUUGUACAUGAAAAUAGUUGCUUGGACCCAGAAAGGGUUGCUCAAUCUAGUGGGUGCCAAAAUGCUUUGUGCUACAUAAGUUUCUGAAUGAGGAUGUUUCCAUGCAUCAAAUGGAGAGUUUGAAGUCCAUCUCGCUUGAGUAUCCGAAAAUAAUAAUGCUGUCUGUGGUGUGGAGAAGUAUGACCAGCAAGGUCUAAUAGAUCCAAUCGCAUUCUUGUCAGCCUCAAGGAUAAAACCAUCAUGACGGCAUCUAAAUAUCAAACAAAGAAGUUGUAUAAAAUGUUAUGUACCUCUCUCUGUAGAUAUCACAAUCAUUACUAGAAGUUGCAUUAAAGCAUUGGUUGAGGUUUAUCCUCUGA